AUGACAAUCACCUCUAUUCUUCGAACUCUUCAUUCGAUCCAAAACCAAUCAUUACCACAAGCUUUUUCUUCCUACAAUCAACUAGAUAUUUCACAAAUCACGUCACAAAUAUUAGUGUGUUCCGAGCCGGUGAGUACUGGCAAGUUACCGUCGAUAUGGUACAAAAACUCGCUUAAUGAAUUGAUCAAGUAUCUUAAUUUCAAUCACCCCAAUAAAUGGUUAAUUGUCAACCUUCAACAGGAGCCUAGCCAGUACGAAGAUUGUCAGGUAUUUGGCAAUGUGGUGCACCAUCCGUUUCCCGACCACCAACCCCCACCGUUCGUGAUGUUUGUGAAGAUUGUGAAAACCAUCCAUCGAUAUUUAUCUGAGGACGGUGACCGGAUAGUGUUGAUCCAUUGUAAAGCCGGGAAAGGUCGUUCAGGGACCGUGGUAUGUGGGUACUUGAUGAACUAUUAUCACAUUGGGGCCGAUGAGGCCAAUCGGUACUACAGUGCCAAAAGAAUGCGAUGGGGGAUGACGGGGGUAUCGAUUCAUAGCCAACAACGAUACUUGGGGUAUUUUGAACAAUGGACGAAAAUGGGGAAACUCGAACAGAUUAAAGUAAUGGGGAAUGCUGUUGCUGGGAAGAAGAUGAUGAAGGUGUACGGGAUUAGGGUGAUUGAUCGGAGUUUCUUGGAGUUGGAUCCCAAAGAUUUGCGGGUGCUGGUUUGGGAUUAUUAUGACACCAGAGGGGAAAUGCGGCUAGUUUGGAAAGCCGAGGGAGGUUAUCAAGGGGAGCAGCAGCAGCAGCAGCAGCAGGCGGCCAGGGUUGAGCGAUGUGGAGUGACGGAAGGCGGCCCAAAGAAUGUGGUGUAUUACCGGUUUAAGCAGCCUUUGUACACCAAUUGCGACGUCCGGAUAGUUUUGGGUAAUCGUAAUGCGCGGUGGGGGUUGGGACUAGUGGACCAUUGCGGGUUUUGGUUCCACGGAUACUUCGAGAAGAACAAGGAGAAGACAAAGACAAAGACAAGUACCACUGAAAGUAGUGGAAAUACGGUGUUCAGCAUUGCCCACAGAGAAACAGACGGGUAUUGUGGGCUGGGGAUCAGGCCAGGGUUGCAAUUGUUUGAGCGGGUUGAGGUUGUGUAUUACUGCAAGUGA